GGGCACAACUGACCCAAAACAAUAUUCUAGCAGCAGAUACAGUAGUAAAGGACAAGGAUUUGUCAUCUGAAACUGCUGCUGAAGUCUGUUUUGGCUCUGAUUUAAAUUCUUUGAGCGUGAAAUUUAACUGUAGCUGAGUAAAAUAUCCAGCUAUAUAAAGAAGUAAGUGUUUAUCACUUUGAAUAAAAGGAAUUUAAGUAGUGGAAUAAAACUGAAAUCAGCACACAGGGCUGCAGCCAAAAUACUUCUCUACCUGCAAAAACACUUGAGAGUGUCAGAAAUUGAAAUUUCCUUGCGCACCGUUUGAUGUGCACAGCACAUAUUCAUUCUGGUUGCGGAUUUCAAAACUAGUAUUUCUCCAUGUUUUCUUGUUGGUUUACGAAACACGUCUGUUGAGAAAUGAAUUCUCACUUUCUGCCAGAACCUUCAGAAACCUACAGCAUUGACCAUUUCUUCUGAGCAAAUGUUUCCCAAAGGCCAGUAAAGCAUCCCAUAUGGCUGCAAAUAAAUAAUCUCCCCAUGGCCUCCUUCUUGCUGGCUCUAAGCCCCUUUUUCCAUCCCACCACCAGCCCCCACUUGCUUUGCAUCUGGAUUCUGCUGUUUAUGGAUUAAGUGUAUCUGUGCAUGUGACAGCAUGAGGCUGCUCUAUUGUCUUUCUUUGGUUUACUUCCAAAAGCAAGCAAAAAUUUUUGGAAUCUUAAAAACAGUCUUAUGCCCUGAUUGAUUUCCAAUAAAUUCAGUUGUUUUUUUUUUUUUUGCAUUUCAGACACAAAACUGCUCAAUUUCACUGAGCAAGAUGCUCCGUGGCAAGUUCAGAGAAGCGCCAUUCGUUACUCAAAAAAGGCAGGGAAGAACAGACGAGAUUCUGACAGCACUUAGUAGCACGAUUUUACCUCGCUGCUUGCCUCUUGGUGAAACCUUCAUCAAGCUGGCAUUUCAUGAAAUGCAAAACUUUUACAUGGCUGUUUGGCAUAAAGUGGAAUGACUGCACAUUUAGAAAGAGAGCUCACACUUACUGUUACACUGAAUACCAGAGGCACAGACAGGUACAGUAGAUCACAAGUGGCACUAAUUGUCAGCUGUAUUCCUGCAUCCAAAGCACGUGGAAACAGACCCGUAGGGCAGCUAAGGAUCUCUAUUGUACUCUAUUCGCAUAAAUAGAGGAAUUAUCUGGAAGGCCCGCCACAUCGCAGAAGAUCUGAUGCCCGACCUGCCCAACGUUUUUGGUCUAUGAGGAGAUGCGUGAGUGAAACAAGAACCGAAUCCAAGAGCCAGAACAAAGAAAAAAAAAACUCAAUGUACUGCAGACUGGACCAGUUUGGAUCGCGCGCACCCGCGCGCACCCGCGCGCAAAAGGGGAGCAUCCAUCGCUCGCGGCAGUUCAUCUGUAGGUAAGAUGUUUAAAGAUGAUGCGGCGAGCAGGGGAGGGCAGUGAGUGACUGUGAGAGGGGUAUGAGAAGGUAAUCCCCGCUGCCUCCCUGCCUCCCGCAGCCCCAGCCACUCCCACCGACUCGAGUGACUGUCUGUGCGCGCGGAGUUGUGUGUGAUGCUGCAGAUUGUGACUCCGUCUCCAGCAGCAGCAGGAGCAUCAGCGUCAGCAUCAGCAUCAGCGCGAGCAGCAGCCAUGGCGACAGUGGUCCCGCCGCUCACCCUGGAUCGAGACGUGGCUCGAGCGAUUGAGCUGCUGGAGAAGCUGCAGGAAUCUGGGGAUGUCCCGGGACAUAAACUGCAGUCUUUGAAGAGAGUGCUGCAAAGCGAGUUCUGCACUGCCAUACGGGAGGUUUACCAGUACAUGCAUGAAACAAUAACAGUGAAUGGCUGCUUAGAGUACCAGGCACGGGCCACGGCUAAGGCCACAGUGGCUGCCUUUGCUGCCAGCGAGGGCCACUCUCAUCCCCGGGUGGUGGAGCUCCCCAAGACAGAGGAGGGGCUGGGCUUCAACGUGAUGGGAGGCAAAGAGCAGAACUCACCCAUCUACAUCUCACGCAUCAUUCCUGGGGGUGUUGCUGAGAGGCACGGCGGCCUGAAGAGAGGGGACCAGCUCCUGUCUGUCAAUGGCGUGAGCGUGGAGGGUGAGCACCACGAGCGGGCGGUGGAGCUGCUAAAGGCAGCCAAGGAUAGCGUAAAGCUGGUGGUGCGUUACACACCCAAGGUCCUCGAAGAGAUGGAGGCCCGCUUUGAGAAGCUGCGCACAGCACGCCGACGCCAGCAGCAGCAGCUGCUCAUGCAGCAGCAGCAGCAGCAGAACCUGGCAGCCCAGCAGAACCACACGUCGUAGGUGAGGCUUUUCAUUGCUUUCAGGCCCUGGGAAGGAGCAGGACCUCGGGCCUAAACCCCUACUGUGGCUCAUGCAGCUGGCUGACAUAAUGCCUUUCAGGCUCUGCACACACACACCGCAAAACCACUGUAGAGUCUGUUUGCCGAAAUGGGUAAGGCAAAAUUUUUUUUGAGUAAUAGCACAUAUGCACUUAAACACAACUGUUACAUAAGCAUUUUGGCUGAACUGCCUUGGAAAGCUGUGAAAUGCUAUCCGUAGCGUUGCAGAUUGAGUCUGAAUGCUCCGAAAUGUUUCGAGCUGCCCGCUUCCAUAUUCAUGGGAGAAUAUUUUUUUUUUCCUGUGUGUUAUUUUGGCAGUUGUGAUAGGUUUGAAAAAUAGCACAGCAAGGUCUGUUGAAUCCAGCGUUCUUCAAAAAAAAAAGAAAACAUUACUGGAGAAAUGUAUUCUAGUUCUAUCAUACAAUGUUUUUAUGCCUGUGGAUUUCAGUUUUAUUACCAGGAAUGUUUGUGUAGUUUUUCAAUAUUCAAUAAAUGAUUGUUAUCAAGAUAGUUGGUUUCUGCCAGGUUAGCUAGUUGAAUUCGAAUAUUUACUUCUCUUUUGUCAUGUUUGCGGCCAAAAUACCCAUUUUUAAUCCUUUAACUCUGAUCGCAUGACCCUUCGUCUGUUUUGGAAACAGUUGUAGCAACAACAAUAUGAACACUUGAUAUCUCAUAUGAAAACGCGUAUUGGUUUUAUCCCCAAUGUCAAUCCCUGUCCUUAGUCUACUGUACCUCUCUGACACAAGGCCUCAAGUUGUAGGGGAGAACGCUAACACUUAUCCGUACCAUACUGACAAAAUAUCCAGUGAUGUCUUGACAACCUGGCUAAUUCCAAAUGCGUUCCUGUGACAUAUCCAUAACAUGUUGUUGAGAAACUAACACCCCUUCCUACAGGGGGAUUCCUACUAUCCCUUUUCCUCUUUGAAACGAAGAACUCUGCAGUAGAUCAUAUUUACAAAGGAUGAGGAGAUUCCUGGAAGGUAUUCAAGUAUCCUGCACCGCGUAUGGGAGUUACAUACUCGGGCAAGCUGUCCGCCUGCCAGUGCGGUCUAGUGAAUGCAGGCCAGGAGACACAUACUGCAUACUGCAACCACAGAACAUCAGCUGAUCAAUUUGUUUGCCAUAAGGGCUUAGCUUGUGGUUCCAAAUGACACAGUUUAAAACAACACUGUUUGUAUUUUUAACACGGAAUGCAUGUGUCAAAUGAGCAAAGAAUUUUCCAAAUAAAAGCAUGUCACUCGCGGCGGGUUUAGCCACCACCCGCUGUGUGGUGGGUCUGGGUUUCGAGCCCUGCUUGGGGUGCCUUGCGACGGACUGGCGUCCCAUCCUAGGUGUGUCCCCUCAUGCUUCGACCUUGUGCCCUGUGUUGCCGGGUUAGGCUGCAGCUCACCGCUCGGGACAAGCGGUUGUUGACAAUGGUAAUGGUAAUCCCAGGUAAAUGGUACACCUGAGAUGGGAGGGCAGUCGAUCUCAGAUUACAAACUAUUUGAAAAUCAAAACCCUUCAGAAAAUGCAUAUUAUUUAUACAACAAUACUGGCAUUUCAUUGUUAGUUAACAUUUUACUUCAAGACAUAAGGAGUCUAAUUCAAUUGUUUGUAUUUUGUAUCAUAUUUAUGUUGCCAUGGAUGCUACAUUACUCUUACUUUAUAUUUAUUCAUAUAGCAGACACCUUUCUCCAAAGCAACACACAUCUCAGAAAACAAUACAACAGUGCAUAAGAAUGCCAAGUGACAAAUGCUUUGAAUGUUAAUAUUAACAUAACUAAACAUUUUAUUUUUACAAAAGGGCCUAUUCAAAUUUAAGCAGAGAAAAUAUUCUGAAAUAAAAUCCAAUAACAUAAAAAAGACCGUAUUUCUGAACGGAGCAACAUUUCCGUUGCUUUUCGCUUUCUUGGUGCUCUCAUUGUUUAUACAGAACGUUCUUGAUCAAACUCCUGAAGUAUUCCCUCAGCUUUUGUCCUCUUUUCUCCUGUACAGCUUUUUCCAAAAGAA